AUGCUCAGAAGAUCGCUAAUGAGAAGCUCGCCGAGCUCGGCACUUGUAUCGAGUUCUGUUAGAGCUGCUACCAGACCGGUAGUUAUGGCAAGACCCAUUGCCAGAACCCAGAUGGUCAACUCCCGGGGUCUGUUUGGAUUCAGAAGCUAUUCUGAGACUGCUAAUGGCGAGAAGAAGGAUGCUGAAUCUGCUGCUAAUGAGGCUAGUUCUGAAAAUACUAAGGAAGAGACUCAAACAUCAGAGUCUGAAUACGCCAAUCUUUCGGUAGAAGAGUUACAAUCCAAACUGAAGGAACUGCAAUCCAAGUUUGAGGCCAAGGACAAGGAAGUUGCCAAAUUCAAGGAGCACUAUACUCGAUCCGUAGCCGAUUUCAGAAACCUACAAGAGACGACUAAAAGAGAGAUUCAAAAGGCUAGAGACUAUGCUUUACAAAAAUUCGCGAAGGACCUGCUUGACUCGGUUGAUAACUUCGACCGUGCCCUGGCAGUUGUUCCCGAGGAGAAGAGAUCCGAUAAGGAGAACCACGUCGAGCUUGCCAACCUGUACGAAGGUGUUAAAAUGACCCAAGAAGUUUUUGAAAAGACUCUGGCCCGUCACGGACUUGUCAAGCUUAACCCUCUCGGAGAGAAGUUCGACCCCAAUGUUCACGAGGCUACCUUUGAAGUGCCCCAGCCGGACAAAGAACCUGGCACCGUCUUCCACGUCCAACAAACUGGAUUUGCGCUCAACGAUCGUGUUCUCCGAGCUCCCAAGGUCGGUGUUGUCAAGGGUACCGACUAA